AUGGCCGUCCAGAAUUCGGCUGAAAAGGCUGUUUAUGCCUACUAUAAGUUCAUAGUUUUGUGUAAACCAGUUUUCAAACUAGCUGGAAAAGUACUCCGAGAAUGUAACCUGACACGUAAAUUCUCAGGAUUUUCAACUGGACGUCUACUUCCAACAAUUUUGGAGAGAUCCAAGACUGGCUCACAACGAGAGCGGGAUUUUCAAUUGGACGUCUACUUUCAACAAUUUUGGAGAGAUCCAAGGCUGGCUCACAACGAAAGCGGGCGCGUACUAAUCCGCGACAAAGAGAUGCUGGGAAAGAUGUGGCAUCCUGACGUUUACUUUGCAAAUGCGAGGAUCGCAGAGUUUCAUCAGGUAACGCAGCCAAACUUUCUGCUGUGGAUAGAACCAGAUGGCUCAAUUCUUUACGAUACUCGCAUUUCGAUGGUUGUCGUGUGCACACUGAAUCUUGAGAAGUGGCCAUUGGACUCGCAACGAUGUCAUCUGCGAAUUUUGAGCUACGCCUACACCACUGACCAGCUACAGAUUGAGUGGGUGGAAGAGACACCCAUUACUAGAAAUAUGCAAAUCGCUAUGUCCGACAUGCACAUUGUCGAUCUCUACCCGGGUUACUGUGAUGGAAAUUAUUCUACAGGGACCUGGAGCUGUGUGACUGCCGAAUUCUUUGUAAAGAGAGAGGUCACCCAUCAUGUCAUGCAGUCUUAUGUACCCACCACAUUGAUCGUUGUCAUUUCCUGGUCAGUGAGAAGUUUUUUCUUGCUCUGCAUACACUCAUAUAAAAAUAAUGAAAGCGAGUAUCAAUAA